AUGGAGAGCGAUAAUCUUGGCAAUUGUCCAGCAGGGUCCAGAUGGAAUCCCACAAAGGAGCAAAUGAACAUACUAGAGGGCUUGUACAUGCAGGGUUUAAGGACUCCAAGUGCAGAACAAAUUCAGCAGAUUACAAAUAGACUGAGGGCUUUUGGCCACAUUGAGGGCAAAAAUGUUUUUUAUUGGUUUCAGAAUCACAAGGCAAGGCAAAGACAGAAGCAGAAGCAGGAGAAUAUAUCUUCUUUUAAUCGGUUUCUCCAUAAAAAUCCAGUUUUUCCUCCAUGCUAUAGUGUUGUUUGCAGCCCCUGCUACAUACAACCACCACCUCAGGCUGAUAUAGGGUUGUACCAACAUUACUCAAAGUUGCCCCUACAUGGAGGUUUUAAAAGGAGACUAAUCCCAGAAAACGACGACAGAAACAAGCACAUUGCAUGUCCGGAGUACAACAGAAUUGUGCAUCCAAGAAUUAUAAACCAGGAGUUAGAGUUCAUGUCUUGUGAAGAGGACAGCACUCAACAAACACUGGAUUUAUUUCCCAUUCACCCAACAGGUGUUUUACAAGCAAAAACAGGGAUUUCUACAAAUGAAGAGAAUUCCUCCCCUAGAACUUCGAGUUCCUCUGAAAAAGACCGUAUUUUGGGUAAUCAGGGAGGAAAUUGUGGCCAGAAUUUUUUUGACUUUUUCCGUGGAAAUGGCCCUCAUGGAAGGCACUGA